UCCUCAUCCAUGUGUUGAUCCAACAUGAAUGGAAGCAGUAAUGUGGACCAGCUGCGCUCUCCUCUCACGCCGACCUCGUCGAGAAAGCUCCCUUUCAAUCGAAGGUCCAUCAUCACUACCAUCACCCUGUGUGCUGUUGCUGUGUCUGUCAUUCGCCUAGUUGCCUACAUUUAUUACUCGGCAAAACUACAAGAUCAGCCAGUCUUGACUUUGCCAGAUCAAGCGCUUGAUGACCUGCUUUUACCAGCAUACUGUUCUGCCAUAUACUAUCUUCUCACUAUGGCCGCCAUUUCGGCAACCUACACUGCUUAUACCCAAUGGCAACAGCGACAGCUCGAACUGCAGCGAGAACAGACAUUUUUACGGUCGACUCCUUUCUCGACAUUCAGUACUAUGUGUUACCGAUACCUAGAAACAUCAUUUUCAAUACCACUGGUCACCGCGAGAACUACACUGCGAUCCGCGCUAGUUGUAUUGGCCAUCGCUCUAUUGAACCUCCUCUGUACGGUGUAUCCCGAAUCCCCCAGCCAAGCCCACACCUCGAAUCGCACAGGCUAUCUCUCCAUAGCGAAUUUCGCGCUAUUAAUUCCCCUUUCUAUCCGGUCUUUGGGCUGGUUACCUUACGAUAAAGCCAUAUCAUGGCAUAGAGUGUUUGCUGUUCUGGCCUUUAUCACCGCCACCCAGCACGGUUGUUAUCAUCUAUCAGAGCGACUUGAAUCAUUGGAACCCAUCAUCGAGUCAUCCAGACAUAUCACUGGCAUAACGAGUCUGUCCAUCGUUGGCUUGAUGCUGUUGACCGCACACGAAAUCGUACGGGCAAACCAGUACUCCUGGUUUCGAACACUGCAUUUGACCUUGUUUUUGAGCUUGACCAUUUCGGCAACGUUACAUAAUGCAUCCUUCUUGACCCUGAAUUUUGUUGGCAUAGCUGCAUGGUUAGGAAGUCGAAUUUCACGCAAACUGCAAGCCCCACCCAAGGUUGUCAGCAUACAUUCAACAGGAAGAAUCACACAUGUUACGCUAGAACAUUCACUCAAGGACAUGACUGCUGGACAGUUUGGCUACCUUGGUGUGAGGGGACCUGGAUUUACCAAAUAUGGAUGGGCAAGGCCGUUUUCUUUCAGUGGCAUACACAGCCAGAUGGAAGGGAUCGCAUCGAAUGUAGAAGAGAAGGAACCUGGCGAAGCGAAAACAACUAUAUCCAGGCUCCAUCUUCAGCAAGACACCCAUCAACGACCUGGAUUCCAUCACGAAUCGUCUUCAGCGCAAGUGCCCGAUGAACAGACCGUCAACAGUAUUGAACACGGCAGGGGCGAUGAACCGGCUUCCAAAGCCGAUCAUCCUUCCAACCUGGUCGACCUGCAUAUACAUUCUAGGGGAACGUUUACAACCGCAUUACUGAAAGCUGCGUCUCAGCAAGAUCUUGAAAGCAAAACGCCAAAUCAGGUUCACAUGGAGCUCGAUGGCCCCUACGGUACGCCAUGGCUCAGUACGGCCAAGCAUUACUACACUGACUUUGAAUUGGCUCUGUUCGUUUGUUCUGGUGUUGGUAUUACCCCUUGGCUAGCCGUGAUGCAGCACAUCGCCACCAAAUCAAGAAGUUCUAGGACUCGGAAUGUUCAUGUCAUAUGGUCCAUUCACGAACCAGAUACGUACGAUGUUUUCAAUCCGAGAAUCUUCUCUUUACUCAAGCAGUCUUCGGUGACCUUCCAUAUCCAUGUAUAUAUUACGGGCCAUCAUUCCACUUUACCCUCUGCCUUCAGCGACGCCAUUACCUUUCACUCUGGUCCUCCUAAUAUCGACCUCUACAUGACCGAGUUGAAGGAAAAAAACCCUGAUAUUGACGUUGGCGUGGGUGUAUGUGCAUAUGAAAUGAUGGAGCAAACAGUGGAUGAACUAGUACACAGCUCUAGAUUUUCUGAUGAGAAUGCUCGAUGGUGGAUCAAGAAAGAAUUGUUUAGAAUAUGAAUUUGUAUAAUAUUGGUAAUAAAACAAGAUCUCAUGCUUGCAAAGUGGGAUUGCAGGCCAGCCAUCGAGCCUGCAGCAACAGGAUGCACUUUCUCUGUCUGUACAUUGAUAUAUAUGAGUAAAUGUGUACGGCUUCUCGCAGAAAUCGAUCAAACAAUGGUGACUGCUGAAUUUUCUGUCGUGGUCAAUUUUUUUUUUGUUAAACAAGCAACCUUCAAAUCACCAAGCAUCUCACUUUACAACCAUGUCUUUGACUCUUGAUUUCCUUCUCCCCCCUCCUCCCUCCACCUGGGCUGCUGACGCCACUUCCGUCAACCAUGCCUCCAUCUCUGGUAAUUACCGACAUGUUUCAUCCACUCACG